AUGGAAAUGCACGUGCACAAGCCAGUGGGAACAGUGGUGCGCGUGCCCAAACCAGUGCACGUGCACAAGCCAGUGGGAACAGUGGUGGGCGUGACCAAAGCAGUGCGUGUGCACAAGCCAGUGGGAACAGUGGUGGGCGUGCCCAAGGCAGUGCAUGUGCACAAGCCAGUGGGAACAGUGGUGGGCGUGCCCCAAGCAGUGCACGUGCACAAGCCAGUGGGAACAGUGGUGCGCGUGCCCCAACCAGUGCACGUGCACAAGCCAGUGCGAGCAGUGGUGGGCGUAACCCAACCAGUGCACGUGCACAAGCCAGUGGGAACAGUGGUGCGCGUGCCCCAACCAGUGCACGUGCACAGUGCCACCAGGAUGGUGCCCCACCAGCGCUUGGUGCGAGUACGCCCGGCUGGGCACAGCCACGGCCGCGUGGUGCCCGUGGCGGGGUAG